AUGGCAGAUUCCACAAUGACAAAUCGAGGAUGCUGGUCAAUUCUGGUCUUCCUGCUCUGGUUAGCUUCGUGCAACUCUAGCAGUGUACCGCGGGUCCAAGCAGUAAAUGACAUAAGUACAAACCAUAAGCCGAGAUUCCAUGAUUGUACACACUAUGAGCCAACGUUGAGAACAGAACAGCCAACGGGUACACCUGUACUACGUGUGACAGCCUCCGAUCCCGAUCAAGGACAAACGUUAGAAUACAGCAUUGCCAGCAUGCCAGAGGACCAGAAUUAUUUCAAUAUUGAUAAAACCACAGGGCAAAUCGUGUCGGCCCAUGUUUUCGAUCGAGAUGUACCAAUAAGAGAUCGAGAAAUUAAUCUUACGGUACGGGCGACCGACAACGGAUCGCCUACUCUGGCAGAUGUUUGUACUAUCAAGGUGACUAUUCUGGACAUCAACGAUGAUCCACCGAUAUUUCAGGAAUGUGUCUAUCAAGUGUCAGUGACGAAAGAUCUGCCACUAAACCAGUCCCUGGCCACCAUCUCAGCAAUGGAUCUAGAUGAUGGUGAUAACAACCGCAUUAAGUAUGAGAUCGUACAAGAACACGAAGAUAGCAGCUAUUUCGACAUCGAUGAGAGUAAUGGCUUGCUCACACUAGGUAAACCAAUCGACCGCAGUCCAGGACAGUUUUAUACAAUUCAUGUUCGGGCGUAUAGUGAAGGCUCAAUGGAAAACCAAACACAGCAAACAAAAGUAAUGGUCCGUGUACUUGACCCUAACGAUCAUGCACCGUACUUCAUCAAGAUGCCAAUGGUCCCUGUGAUGCUCAAAGAAACGUUUCAACACUACAACAUGGUUUUAGCGGAGUAUGAGGCUGUUUCAAACAUAAAGAAAGAUGAUUUUGUAGAUUUCCAGAUAAUGCAAGGAAAUACUGACUUAACAUUUUUACUGGACCAAAUCAACAAUACGGUGGCUUACAUUAAAUUGCGAAGCAGCCUUGACUACGAAAGGACAACGAAUUAUACGCUGGUAAUAAGAGCAACGAACUCUCUUAACGAAUAUGCAGAAGUAUGUUUGACGAUCAUGAUUGUGGAUGAAAACGACAACUACCCCGUAUUAGACGACAACACGGGAACUAUCCUAGAGCACGAGUUGCCUGGUACAUUUGUAAUGCAAGUUCAUGCCCGGGAUGAUGAUGGCACGGCUCCCAACAACAUUGUGUCCUAUCGGUUGGCGGACACGGAUAGGCAAUAUUUCCAAAUUGAUAGUCAAACGGGCAUCAUUACAUCGAUGGUGAAAUUCGAUAGGGAAAAGGAGAAAGCCUACGUGGUGAGUGUGACUGCGAAGGACAACGCGCCGUCUGUGAAAUUUAAGAACGGAAGCCCAAAUAGCGUUACAAAUUACUUUUUGAUUAAAGUUUUGCCGCAGUCUGAGAAGGGGAUCUAUGAAAACACUACCAUCAGUACAAAAGUGAUAGUGGUCUACAAAUACAACGGAAAGACAUCUGAUAUAGACAUUGGACGAGCACAUGUGAACGAUCCAGAUGGUUUGGAUUUGUCUAACAAAACAUUUCUCUGGGACGAAGUAACAAGUGAAGAAUCUUUGAAGCUUUUCCAACUGAACUUCAGCACCGCCCGAGCAACGGUGUUGGUGAAGGAGGUUUCGGAACAAUCAAUAGACCAGAGUGGAUCAAUUCGAUUCUACAAUGUAACGGCAGACGAAUUUAUAUCUCAAACACCGGAGCAUCGCAGCACACCGCUGCAUCGACUUCAAACGAGUAUUGCAACUGUUCUAAACGUCAGUUCAACCGAUGUGGACAUAUUCACGGUCAACAAUCGAAAGCUCCCAAAACUAUCUUUUCUGGACGUGUUCUUUGCGGUCAACGGUAGUGUUUACUCAACGUCUGAGGUGCUCAACGGUGUACUGAGUUACCAGCUGCAUCAACUGGAGGAAGACGUCGGAUUUCCGAUCGAGGUGGUUGGCAUCGAUGAAUGCGAGUUGCAAAGUAGUACUUGUGAGCAGUCAUGCAGGAAUAAGGUUCACAAAUCACCCAAACCGAUCGUCGUCUACGGCAACGCAACUUCCUUCAUAGGAAUAACCACAUUCGUAGAGGCGGAAUGUGUCUCAGAUACUCCGUUGAUCAUGUGCUUGAACGGAGGCACGCUUGAGAAUAAUAGCUGCAUAUGUCCAAAUGGCUUCGAGGGUCCACAGUGUGAAUUGAUCGACAUCUGUUUCGAUGGCAACGGGUAUGCCAUUUAUCCAUCGAUCAUUGGUGGCACAAUUUCAAACAUCAGCAUUGAGAUGUUACCCCAACGGACAGAUGGUUUGGUGUUGUACAUUGGACCCAUGAGGUACAAUCCGCGUGUAAAGACACAACCGUUUCUUGCAUUGGAGAUAAUCGACAGUAUGGCGGUACUGCUAUUAGACUACGGAACUGGAACGUUCCGUAUCCAGGAUCAACAGAUAUUUUCUCAAUACGAUUUAUUGAGAGUGGAUAUUUCAUUAAAGCCCGAAACGAUUGAGAUGAAUACCUUGAAAAAUAAGGUUGCAAUUAGCAACAGCCGAUACAAAAGUAAGGAUUUUGGUGGCAGCAUUAAGACUCAUGGACCUGUUCAGUUGGGCGGUACAAUCGUCGAUUUCACAAAGCUUGGGUCACUAUACAACUGGACGUACAUACCACAGACAAAGGGGUUCAAUGGCAACUUGCGGACCCUGACAAUAAAUGGGCGCACGAUAGAUUUUCAGCAGCAUAAUUUGGCACAGAACCUUCAUGGCAGUAUCAAAAUAGGCAUUAUAUUUAGCAAAAAAAACAACAACAAGGGCGUAAAGAAAACAACGAACCAACAUUCACAACCAUUACUUAAUAAUAAUGAAACCAGUAUUGGCGUUCCCGAAAACAGUGUACCGCGGGUCCAAGCAGUAAAUGACAUAAGUACAAACCAUAAGCCGAGAUUCCAUGAUUGUACACACUAUGAGCCAACGUUGAGAAAAGAACAGCCAACGGGUACACCUGUACUACGUGUGACAGCCUCCGAUCCCGAUCAAGGACAAACGUUAGAAUACAGCAUUGCCACCAUGCCAGAGGACCAGAAUUAUUUCAAUAUUGAUAAAACCACAGGGCAAAUCGUGUCGGCCCAUGUUUUCGAUCGAGAUGCACCAAUAAGAGAUCGAGAAAUUAACAUUACGGUACGGGCGACCGACAACGGAUCGCCUAGUCUGGCAGAUGUUUGUACUAUCAAGGUGACUAUUCUGGACAUCAACGACGAUCCAUCGAUAUUUCAUAAAUGCGUCUAUGAAGUGUCAGUGACGAAAGAUCUGCCACUUAACCAGUCCCUGACCACCAUCUCAGCAAUGGAUCUAGAUGAUGGUGAUAACAACCGCAUUAAGUAUGAGAUCGUACAAGAACACGAAGAUACCAGCUAUUUCGACAUCGAUGAGAGUAAUGGCUUGCUCACACUAGCUAAACCAAUCGACCGCAGUCCAGGACAGUUUUAUACAAUUCAUGUUCGGGCGUAUAGUGAAGGCUCAAUGGAAAACCAAACACAGCAAACAAAAGUAAUGGUCCGUGUACUUGACCCUAACGAUCAUGCACCGUACUUCAUCAAGAUGCCAAUGGUCCCUGUGAUGCUCAAAGAAACGUUCCAACACUACAACAUGGUUUUAGCGGAGUAUGAAGCUGUUUCAAACGUAAAGAAAGAUGAUUUUGUAGAUUUCCAGAUAGUGCAAGGAAAUACUGACUUAACAUUUUUACUGGACCAAAUCAACAAUACGGUGGCUUACAUUAAAUUGCGAAGCAGCCUUGACUACGAAAGGACAACGAAUUAUACGCUGGUAAUAAGGGCAACGAACUCUCUUAACGAAUAUGCAGAAGUAUGUUUGACGAUCAUGAUUGUGGAUGAAAACGACAACUACCCCGUAUUUGACGACGACACGGGAACUAUCCUAGAGUACGAGUUGCCUGGUACAUUUGUAAUGCAAGUCCAUGCCCGGGACGAUGAUGGCACGGCUCCCAACAACAUUGUGUCCUAUCGGUUGGCGGACACGGAUAGGCAAUAUUUCCAAAUUGAUAGUCAAACGGGCAUCAUUACAUCGAUGGUGAAAUUCGAUAGGGAAAAGGAGGAAGCCUACGUGGUGAGUGUGACUGCGGAGGACAACGCGCCGUCUGUGGAAUUUAAAAACGGAAGCCCAAAUAGCGUUACAAAGCACUUUUUGAUUCAAGUUUUGCCCAGAAACUAUUACAAUCCGCAGUUCGAGAAGAGAAUAUAUAGGUUCAAUUAUCUAUCAGAAGACACCGCCAUCGGCACAAAACUGAUUCAAGUGAAGGCCCACGACAAAGGUAAACAUUCCAGCAUCAAGUAUAGCAUUCUCAAGAACAACGUGGGGGAUGCGUUCAAAAUCGACGAGAAUACAGGUGUGAUUUCGGUAAAUAAUAAGUUAGACUACGAAGCGAUGUCAGAUUAUAAACUGUACGUAAAGGCGCAUAAUGGUCUAUUUCAUAAUUCAGUGAUCGUACGGUUCGGAAUAGUAAACGUUAAUGAUAACGCACCGAUAUUCAUUAAUUUGCCAAAUGUCACGAUCCCAGAAGAAACUAUCUCUCCCGAUUGUAUUGCGAUUGUGAAGGCUUACGAUCCUGACACACAGAACUCUGAAAUACCUCAAGGCAUACAAUACACACUCGAGAAGGAACUUGAGCAGCUACUGGAAAUUGACGACAGUGGAUGCGUUCGGUUAUUGAAGCCACUUGAUCGUGAUCCUCCUGAUGGUUCAAAAUUACGGCACAUCAAAAUUACUGCGACGGAUGAAAAUGGUGAAGGACAAGAUUCAACGGGCACACUAAACAUCACAUUGGAAGACAUUAACGACAACGCACCCUAUUUAACAAACACGCAACCUAUUGCAUGGGGUAAAAAUCGGACUCCGGGUAGGAUAACUAAGCUAACAGCGCAAGAUGCGGACGAAGAUCAAAAUGGCCCUCCGUUCGUUUACAGCAUCGAUCCAGAAGCCCCACUGGAGAUAAGGCAACGAUUUCAAAUUGUAGGAGACGAAUUGCAUGCAUUAAAUAAGUUUGAUCGCGACGACCCAAAAGAAUACAGCGUUCCUAUCUUGGUGAGAGAUUCGGGUGAUCCGCCGAUGAGCGCUAUUAGCACUCUGCAGAUAGUGAUCGGAGACGAGAAUGAUAAUAAAAAGCAACAGAGUAAGAGCGAUAUAGUGGUCUACAAAUACAACGGAAAGACAUCUGAUAUAGACAUUGGACGAGCACCUGUGAACGAUCCAGAUGGUUUGGAUUUGUCUAACAAAACAUUUCUCUGGGACGAGGUAACAAGUGAAGAAUCUUUGAAGCUUUUCCAACUGAACUUCAGCACCGGUAUGAUAACAAUGUUGGAAGCUACACCUUGCGGACAGUAUGAUCUUCGUUUUCAAGUAGUUCAAAAUUCGGACCAUCGUUCUCGACACAAUGUCUCAGCCCGAGCAACGGUGUUGGUGAAGGAGGUUUCGGAACAAUCAAUAGACCAGAGCGGAUCAAUUCGAUUCUACAAUGUAACGGCAGACGAAUUUAUAUCUCAAACACCGGAGCACCGCAGCACACCGCUGCAUCGACUUCAAACGAGUAUUGCAACUGUUCUAAACGUCAGUUCAACCGAUGUGGACAUAUUCACGGUCAACAAUCGAAAGCUCCCUAAACUAUCUUUCCUGGACGUGUUCUUUGCGGUCAACGGUAGUGUUUACUCAACGUCUGAGGUGCUCAACGGUGUACUGAGUUACCAGCUGCAUCAACUGGAGGAAGACGUCGGAUUUCCGAUCGAGGUGGUUGGCAUCGAUGAAUGCGAGUUGCAAAGCAGUACUUGUGAGCAGUCAUGCAGGAAUAAGGUUCACAAAUCACCCAAACCGAUCGUCGUCUACGGCAACGCAACUUCCUUCAUAGGAAUAACCACAUUCGUAGAGGCGGAAUGUGUCUCAGAUACUCCGUUGAUCACGUGCUUCAAUGGAGGCACGCUUGAGAGUAACAGCUGCAUAUGUCCAAAUGGCUUCGAGGGUCCACAGUGUGAAUUAAUCGACAUCAGUUUCGAUGGCAACGGGUAUGCCAUUUAUACAUCGAUCAUUGGUGGCACAAUUUCAAACAUCAGCAUUGAGAUGUUACCCCAACGGACAGAUGGUUUGGUGUUGUACAUUGGACCCAUGAGGUACAAUCCGCGUGUAAAGACACAACCGUUUCUUGCAUUGGAGAUAAUCGACAGUAUGGCGGUACUGCUAUUAGACUACGGAACUGGAACGUUCCGUAUCCAGGAUCAACAGAUAUUUUCUCAAUACGAUUUAUUGAGAGUGGAUAUUUCAUUAAAGCCCGAAACGAUUGAGACGAAUACAUUGAUAAAUAAGGUUGCAAUUAGCAACAGCCGAUACAAAAAUAAGGAUUUUGGUGGCAGCAUUAAGACUCAUGGACCUGUUCAGUUGGGCGGUACAAUCGUCGAUUUCACAAAGCUUGGGUCACUAUACAACUGGACGUACAUACCACAGACAAAGGGGUUCAAUGGCAGCUUGCGGACCCUGACAAUAAAUGGGCGCACGAUAGAUUUUCAGCAGCAUAAUUUGGCACAGAACCUUCAUAGCAGUCAGUGGCCAUUUAAAAGGGUCACAACGAUAUUUGCGGUUUUGUUCACUAUAAUUAUUAUUUUAGGGGUACUUUUAUGUAUCCACAUAGGCAUUGUAGUUAGCAAAAAAAACAACAACAAGGGCGUAAAGAAAACAACAAGCCAAAGUUCACAGCCAUUACUGAAUAAUAAUAAAACCAGUAUUGGCGUUCCCGAAAAGUAA